AUGUCCAGCGACCUCUAUAUUGCGGAUACACCCGCCGAGGUGUCCCAGGCCAAGGGCCUGCACCUCAUCACCCAAAACACCCCCAAUGGGCAAGCCACGCAGAUCAUGCUCGAAGAGCUCGCCGAUUCCUAUGGGACGACGUGGACCACCACGCUCAUCAACAUCAUGACCAACGAGCAGAAGAAGGAGUGGUUCCUCCGCCUGAACCCCAACGGCCGGAUCCCCGUGCUCGUCGACAACGGGCAAUCCCCUCCCUUCCCCGUCAUCGAGACGAGUGCCCAACUGUUGUACCUGCUGAAGUUUGUGGAUAAAGAGGACAAGUUUGGCUUCAAAGAUGAACUCGAGCGAAACGUGGUGUUGCAGUGGAUGUUCUUCUGGCACGGUGGAGGUGCCCCGUACCAGGGACAAGUGAACCACUUUUCGAGGGCUGCGCCUGAGAAGAUUCCCUACGCCAUCAACCGGUACAAGAACGAGACCCUCCGCGUCUACGGUGUGCUGGAAAUCCGCCUCUCAGGCCAGUUCACCGGUGAACCGCGCGACUACCUGGCCGGUCCCGGCAAAGGCAAAUACACCGUGGCGGACAUCAAGACAUGGCCGUGGGUGAAAGGGUGGGAGCGAAGUGGAUUCACCCAGGACGAGAUGAAACCCUUCCCGCACCUUCUCAAGUGGAUCGACCGGAUUGCGGCGAGACCAGCGGUCCAGAGGGGCAUUGGCGACAAAUACGUGCAGAAGUAA